AAUUUGUUUCUUUGUUCCACUGGCAGGAGAAGGUGUAUUUAUAUUUGUCUUACCAUAUUUAUCGGAACCGUUGUGUUUAUUGUUUCCCAUCCCCUUCAUUUCACCAUUUUACCUGUGUUUAGACGUUAGCGUAUCCUUUGCCACCGUCCCGUUUAUCCCGGCAGUACAGAAGUAUGAAUCAGAGUGUAGCAAAUCGAACAGAGUCAAAGUUCCAGCGAGAUUAGCAAAGUUUGAGCAAAACACAUUGACUAGCUAGCAAAAUAAAACAAAAGAACUGGUGGCGAGAUGCUCACGGACUUGAGUAAACAUGUGUUCAGCUAGGGCUCAGCUCAGUCAACCAGUUAGUCGAUCAAGUUAGUGACCAGAAGAGCAUGAAAUGAAAUUUUACAGCAAGUGAAACAAAUUCUCGUAUCAGCCAACCAACUACUAUUAACCCGUUUUGACUAGCGAAAACUAUCAAUUAACCAAAUACUAGGGAAACAAAACAAAGAAGCGUUUUGCUUCGCACGGCAGAUACUUCUCUGCGAAAUGCAAUGAUCGGAAUACAGAGAGAGAGAGAGAGAGAGAGAGAGAGAGAGCGGGCGGCAAUGAAACUUGAGAAUCGGAUGCGCAUAGUAGCAUAGCAACACCGAUCGGCUUGCUGUGAAUGUUUUACCACCAUACUUUGUUGCGCCCAAACGCAAAUCAUCCUUAUUGUACAUCAACAAUACUGCAUUUUAGUCAUACUGUCCCUUCAUCCAGUCUAAUCAUGAAUUACUUUCGUUUUUUAUAUUGUCCUUUUAUCUGUUUUUGGAAUGUGUUUAAUCCCACCAAUAAGCAUGCUGAACGGUGGUGGUAAUGGAUCGUUGCAAUAAGAUUUAGUGAGAACAGUGAACAGAGAGCAGAGCAUUAUGUUAAUUUUAUGGUUUUGAAUGUACAUUUACGGUGGAUACUAAGCUAAAAUCUAGAUAUAAAAAGCGAAACCGUGCUCGGGUCGGUGCAAAGGGGAAAGCAAUGCAAAGCGAGCUACAGCAAGAAAUUAACACAGGAAGCAUAUAUAGGAGUGAAUAGGGCGUGAAUGCUGCAAUAACAAGAGUUUUUAUCGACCAUUGUCUCAUCCCUUUCAGAUUUCAACUCUGUCAUAAAACUCACAAACACACCACACACAGACACGUUCGUUAAUUGUUCUCCGAUAGGUGUUGACUGAAACAAACUCUCCAAAUUAUUCACUCCGUUCCCGUCGAUAACCUAGAGUGCUGAGUGAGCAGUGUAGAGAGAUUCUACUCGACUCUAGGUUUAGAGUCACCUACAAAAAAAGCCAGCAUGAUGGGUAGGACCAGCUGGACAAGAUUUGUUUUCCACCUAUCGACGGAAGCAAUACACUUGCGAGGGUCGACACACGACGAUUACGACGAUCGAACGUGAGUGAAUAUUCUGGGAGAUCCAUUGUUCAUUCAGAAUUCAAAUAGAGACACAUUGUACAACUUUUAAAAUACUUGCACACCUUCCGAUUCGCUCUCACCGAAAGGCACACCAUUUUGAUAAACUAUUUAUUCACCAACGACGAGAGCUUCAACUAGCGCGUCCCGAGCGCUGUUUGCUAUUGCCAACACUGAGGAAGAUCACUUGUUUCGUGGUUUCAUUCGCGUUUUGUUACUAAAAUGCUAGGCUACCUAAACUAACUCUGAAUACGUGACAGUGGAGUAGUAGGACAGCAGCAAAUGGCCGGCGCUGGUUGAGCAUAUAAUAGGAUAUAAAACUCACUCUUAUAUAGUAACUAUAAUAGUCGAAUUGGCGGACAUCGGCGCGGCGG